AGUUUAAUUACUGUCGGCAUCCCAAACAGUCAAUGGGCGUUUCAACAAAUCACACUUUUUAAAACAUAUAUAUAUAUAUAUAUACAUAUAUAGAUUGGAAUUUAUACUACAGUGAAUACGAUGUAGUUACUAAUAGUAUGCCAAUAAAUUGAUAGUAAAAACUACCAGACAAUAGUUAACAGCUAAUAAGCGCAAUUAUCAGUCGGCCAAGAAAACGUAUUGUUAUAAAUUAAACACGAAAAGAACAUUACUGCCACACACACACACACACACUCACACAAGCACUCACACACACACACGCACAAAGUGAGCUGAUAAACGCCGCGAAGCGUGUAAGUUGUUCGGUACGAUGACAGAGCAUCUGCCGUCGGUCAGCAGUAGCCAGCAGAGAGUCGUCGACUACGGCAGCACGACGACGAGAGCGGUUUCAAGAGCAUACCCCUCUCCGGAUCCCGCACAGCGUACAGCCUCGUUUGUGUUCGUCAACGAGUCUCCAUUUUAUGCGAGAAUGUCGCACAAUUCAGUGCAUGGGGAUUCCCAGUCGGAACCGUUGCAGCGAUUGGAAUUCUUUUUGAAUGUGUUAAACCAGAUGUGCAUUGGUUUCAUAACCAUCUAUAUAUCGUAUCUGACACUGCGCACGGGCCUCGCGGGCACCGGACUGCACGCCUGGCUAGUUACCAUUGGUUUCUCCUUCUUCAUGGCCGAGGGUGUUAUGGUCCACUAUGGCGGCAAUGUGCUAACCAACAGUUACAAGCGUUCCACAAAAACAACAAUCCAUUGGAUACUCAUGAUCCUGGGCGGUGGCUGUGGCGCCGCCGGGGCUCUCAUAAAAAUGAUUCAAAAGGGAUUUCUACUCAAGUCCACGCAUGGCAAAUUAGGCUUGACUGCCUUCAUACUCUGCCUCUUGGCCAUGAGUUCCGGUUUGGCUGCUCUCUGUUCGAUGCGGGUUAAAAAACUGAUCACGCCCCUGCUAAACAAAGCAUUCCACAAUUUCCUGGGAGUCGCCUGCUUUGUUGUUGCAUUGGUCACCCAGUAUUACGGAUACCAGACGGGUUAUUUUACGAAACGUGCCGAAGCGGAUCUCCAAGUCUUGAUGAAGUGUUUAACACUCAUCUCAUUGCUCCUUUCCAGCAUUGGUCCACUGAAAUCACUCUACGUUCGAGUGAAAACUAUUUCAAAGCAGCUAUAAAUAAGAUGCUUUCGCUUUAGCUGUAAAUAUGUAUAAAUAAUACAAAUGGAUAAGGUAUUAAGUGAUUGUCUGCUGAGCUCACCUUAUCACUCUACUCGAGUGUUAUAUUUAAUACGCUCCUAAAUAAUUUUAAAUGUUGUGAAAACCCCAAUAAAACAAAACCGCAUUUCGGAAUCCCCCACAUAAA